AUGGUUUCUGUAGAGGAAUAUGAGGUCGACAUAGAGGUUGAUGAGAUUAACCUCCGCUCCGGUCGAAGCAUCCCAUCUGCUGAUAAAGCGCAACAAAAUGGGGAAUCUGAUCCCUCUAAAACUGAGAAGAAGUCGAAGGCGAAAGAAAUUAAGGUCUCCUUGUCAGAAAAAACUGUUGCAGGGGAAGCUCCGAUGUCCACUUCAAAAGCAAAAGAUCCUAAGCUCGAUACUGGUAAAACAAAGGAGUCGUCCCAAUUACAUGCACUGAAGUAUGAUAUUUUGGCUCAUCUUAAGUGUAUCCCCGCUUCUUUAAGUGUCUAUGACGCUCUACAAAUGUCGAGAGAGCUUAGGGAAGCACUUGUAAUGGCUUUAAUGAGCCCGGAUUUGUACAAGUCAUGUUUCAAAUCAACAGAUGUCCACACAACUGAAACCUCAAAGUUUUGUGCAUCGUGUAUGGCAACAGUUACAUUUGGUGACGAUGACUUUCUAGUUGGGUCCAAAUCCCAUAAUUGA